CCGUCUGAUCAAUGUGAUGAAAUCAUGAAAGUAACAACAAACUUGAAUUUGGGUGCUUUUGGCUUUAGUUGUAAAACAAGUUCUUGUCAAAAUUAUAUCGCAAUGUUUGGACCUGUGCUCGACAAGCCAAGCAUUUUUGGUGAUCCAAAUGAUAAUUAUAAAAUGGAAAUUGUCUGGCGUAAUGUUAUUAUCUUUGUGUAUCUUCAUUGCUGCGCUCUUUACAGUUACACUCUUCCCAAAACAACAACGUCGAGUAUUGUCAUGGCAUGGGUUAUUGGAAUAACAGCUGCACUUGGAACGACAGUUGGAGCUCAUCGACUUUUCACCCAUCGAUCAUACAAAGCUAACACAAAACUUCGUCUUUUGUUGCUGUUCAUGCAAACCAUUGCAGUGCAAAAUUCCAUGUAUGAAUGGGUCAGAGAUCAUCGUGUCCAUCAUAAGUACACCGACACCAACGCUGACCCUCACAAUUCUAGACGAGGUUUCUUCUUUUCUCAUAUUGGUUGGCUGAUGUGCAAAAAGCAUCCCGACGUGAAGCGAUUUGGUGCUAGAAUAGAAAUGAGUGAUUUGGAGAGUGAUCCACUCGUAAUGUUCCAACAUAAAUAUUAUUUGCCAUUAUCGAUCAUUUUCGGCUUUGCUAUGCCAAUGUGGUUAGCUUGCUUAGUAGGGGAAUCAUUCAGAGUUGUCUAUUAUGGUCACAUAUGUCGGUACAUGAUCGGCUUGCAUAUGGUUUGGAUGAUUAACUCAGGAGCACAUCUUUGGGGAUAUAGACCUUAUGAUAAGAGCAUCUCUUCAACUGAUUCGUAUUGGAUUGGUACAUUCGGUAUGGGUGAAGGAUGGCAUAACUAUCACCACGUUUUUCCUUGGGAUUACAAAGCAUCUGAACUUCCAACUUACUGGUGUAAUUUGUCUCUCGCUUUCCUUGACUUUUUUGCUUGGCUUGGCUGGGCCACUGACCUGAAAACAGUUUCUGAUGAGAUGAUAUUGAAAAGAGUGGAGAGAACUGGAGAUGGUACACAUGCGAAAUCAAAAAGUGAUAAAAAUAACAAUUUUGCUGAAGAAAAGGAGCCUCAUUGUGAACUUUGGGGAUGGGAUGACAAAGAAAUGACAGAUGCUGACAGGAAGAUGGUUAUGGGGCUAUUUGAAAGCACCUCCAAAAGAGUGAAAGAUACAAAUAAUAAUGUUGAACAAGAAGGAUCUAAAGGUUCCUCCAAAAGUUCGAAUGAUGCUGAAACUGAUUACAAAAUGGAAAUAAGUUGGCAAAACGUGUUUAUCUUCACAUACUUACAUUUGGCAGCAUUAUAUGGUUUUACGUUUCAAAAGAAAACUUCUUCACUUAUUAUUGGAUGGGCAAUCGGAAUUUGUCAAGGUUUAGGUACAACUAUUGGUGCUCAUCGACUGUACACUCAUCGUACAUUUAAAGCAAAUUUACCAUUAAGAAUUCUAUUAAUGAUGAUGCAAACUAUGGCGACACAAAAUGAUAUGAUCGAGUGGGUGAGAGAUCACCGAGUUCACCAUAAAUUUACCGAUACCAACGCAGAUCCUCAUAACUCAAAACGUGGAUUUUUCUUUGCCCACAUGGGAUGGCUGAUGUGUAAGAAACAUCCCGAUGUUAAAAAGUAUGGAGCUAAAGUGGAUAUAAGCGACGUUGAAGCGGAUCCUGUUCUGCAGUUUCAAAGAAAGUUUUAUAUUCCACUUGCGUUACUUCUAAAUUUCGUUUUUCCUAUUUGGCUAGCUUGUUCGUUUGGUGAAUAUUUCGUAGUAGCAUGGAAUGGAAAUAUAUUCAGAUACGUUGUGGGACUGCAUAUGGUCUGGUGUGUCAAUUCAGUGGCCCACUUUUGGGGUGAUAGGCCAUUUGAUAAAAAUAUGUCACCAACAGAUUCGCAUGUUAUGGGCAUUGUUUCUCUUGGCGAAGGAUGGCAUAACUAUCAUCACUGUUUUCCAUGGGAUUAUAAAACAUCAGAGUUUCCAACGUACACAUUCAAUUUCUCAACGAUGUUCAUUGAUUUUUUCGCGUGGAUAGGAUGGGCCACUGACUUGAAGACUGUUCCCGAAGAAAUGAUAUUUAAUCGAGUAAUGCGGACAGGUGAUGGAACACACAAGAUCAUGAAAUCCAAGAAUAAGAUCAAGACAGAUUUCAAAGAAGAGACGAGAGAUGUAACUCACUUCUGGGGAUUCGGAGAUAAUGAAAUGACUAAUGAAGAUAUGAAAAAAGUUAAAAUCAUUCAUGAAAAAAGUGAAUGCUCAAAUAAAAGUAUGAAGUUUUAUGCUGAUCCACCAGUAUCCGAGAAUGCAGGAAUGAAUUACAGCGUAUUCGAUGAAAAUUCUUCAGUUGAAAAACACAAAGUUAUCGGUAAGAAUGUAGGAAACAUUUCAAUGUCGAUGAAAAUAACAACAAAUUUAUUACAAAUAGACUCUAAUGAUCGUAUAUCAGAAGUUAAAAAUAAAAAUGACAGCUACAAAUGGGACAUUAAGUGGAGGAAUGUCAUAAUCUUCAUAUAUCUCCACUAUGCAGCCUAUCAUGGCUUUAUGCUUCCUAAAGUUCGAUCAACUGUCAUUAUUGGAUGGAUUGUUGGAAUACUUUCUGGAUUGGGAACCACUGUCGGAUCCCACAGACUUUUUACACAUCGAACAUUUAAAGCUAAUCAAAAACUUAAAGCUUUGAUGAUAUUUUUACAAACAAUGGCUGGACAGGAACCGGGUCUUAGCUGGGUUCGAGAUCAUCGAGUUCAUCAUAAGUUUACUGACACAAAUGCUGAUCCCUACAAUUCAAGACGAGGAUUCUUUUUCUCUCAUAUCGGUUGGCUGAUGCUUAAGAAACAUCCUGACGUUAUAAAACAAGGCAAAAAGAUUGACAUGAGUGACUUGGAAAGUGACCCCUUGCUACAAUUUCAAGCGAAAAACAUAUCGCCGACUGAUACAUACUUUGUUGGAUUCUGUGCUUUGGGAGAAGGAUGGCAUAAUUAUCACCACAUUUUCCCUUGGGAUUACAAAACAGCCGAACUUCCUGGAUACAUGUUUAAUAUAUCGACAGCAUUUAUAGAUUUAAUGGCUAAAAUUGGAUGGGCCACUGAACUUAAAACUGUCCCUGAUAAUGUGAUAAAAACUCGAGUGCUCAGAACUGGAGAUGGAAGUCAUAAAUAUUCUAAAGAGAGUAAAGAGAACUUAGAAAGUAACCAGAAUAUGAAAAACUUAUAUAAAAUAAUGGCAAAAGGUACAGACGUGGAAGAUCCGGUUGAAACAACAGUUAUGAAAACACCAGAUAAAGACGAUUUGAAAGAUGAAGAAGAAGUUGAGAAGGAGUACAAAAUAAUUCUUAAAUGGCGAAACAUUAUCGUCUUCAUAUACCUUCACAUAUUUUCAAUUUAUUUCUUCUACGAUCCACCGCUUCUAUGGUCGACUUAUAUAAUUCAAGGUGUGUUGAUUGUGGGAAUUGGAUUUGGAACAACCGUUGGGUCACAUCGAUUAUUUACUCAUCGAACCUACAGAGCGAAACCUUUCCUGAGAGGCGCUCUCCUAUUUCUUCAAACUAUGUCAGGUCAGGAGCCGGUUAUUCGAUGGGUUCGAGAUCACCGCGUUCACCACAAAUACACCGACACAAAUGCUGACCCUCACAAUUCAAAACGAGGCUUUUUCUUUUGUCAUAUGGGAUGGCUGAUGUGCAAGAAGCAUCCUGAUGUAAUCAAAUAUGGUCGUAGAAUUGAUAUGAGUGACUUGGAAAAUGACAAGAUGCUUCAACUUCAAAAGAAAAUCUAUACACCCGCUUCAUUCAUAUUGACAUUUGUUAUUCCAAUCACAAUUCAUUACUUUUUGGGUGAAGAUCCUUUCCGUGCUUUGAACUCCAAUGUUUUCCGUUAUACAUUCGGACUGCACAUGGUGUGGCUGGUGAAUUCAGGCGCUCAUAAGUGGGGAAUGCGACCUUACGAUAAAGAAAUGUCAGCAUCAGAAACAUUUAUUGUAGCCACAAUGGCACUUGGUGAAGGUUGGCAUAACUAUCACCAUUGCUUUCCUUGGGAUUACAGAACAUCCGAGACUCCACUUUAUUGGUUUAACGUUUCAACCAUGUUUAUCGAUGCUGCUGCUAAACUAGGGUUGGCAACUGAUUUAAAGACAGUGCCUACUGAUAUGGUGAAGAAACGAGUAUUAAGAACGGGAGAUGGUUCUCAUAAGUAUGCAAAGAUAGCUCAAGAGGACAUUGAGGCAACAGAAGAUAAUAACAACACUAACGUCAGAGACACAGAACACUUCUGGGGUUGGGGUGAUAAAGAGAUGACGGAAGAUGAUUUAAAAAAUGUUGAAAUUUUACACAAAGUACUCGAUUAAAUAGUUGAAAUGGCACCGAAUUCUAUAAGUGAAGCGGGGCCUAGUGGGUGUGUAGUGAAAACUAAAAGAAUUGAAGGUGCUGACAAACGUCUUCACGAAGGUCAUGAAGAAGAACCUCUGUGGACAUGGAGAGACAUAAAAUGGAGAAAUACUAUCGUACUUACAUAUCUUCACAUUGCCACAAUUUACAGUUUUUUCAGUCUUCCAAAGCAUCCAUACACUUACAUACUUCAGUUUAUAAUUCUUCUUGGUGCAGCAUUCGGAGUCACAGCAGGAUCGCAUAGAUAUUUCACACAUAGAUGUUACAGAGCGAACACUCCACUUAAGUACUUUUUAAUAUUUCUUCAAACAUUGUCAGCGCAAGAAGACAUUUUGAAGUGGGUCAGAGAUCAUCGAGUUCACCAUAAGUUUACCGAUACCAAUGCUGAUCCCCAUAACUCAAAACGUGGAUUUUUCUUCUCUCACAUGGGAUGGCUGUUGAUUAAGAAACAUCCUGAUGUAAAGACAUUUGGAUCAAAAGUUGACAUGAGUGAUCUUGAGAAUGACGCUGCAUUAUUAUUUCAUCGAAAAAUUUACAUGUUCACUUCAAUUAUGUUAGCAUUCGUAAUGCCAGUCUUAGGUGCACAUUAUGCAUGGGGUGAAGACCUUUUUGCAUCAUUGAACUUUAAUAUUGUUCGUUAUGUGCUUGGAUUGCAUGUUAAUUGGAGCAUCAACUCGUUUGCACACAUUUGGGGAAUGCGUCCUUACGAUAAAAAUAAUUCAUCCACGGACAGUUAUCUCUUCGGUUUCCUUGCGUUUGGCGAAGGUUGGCAUAACUUUCAUCAUGCAUUUCCAUGGGAUUACAAGACGGGAGAGUAUGACAACUACUGGUUCAACUUUUCUCUCAUUUUCAUUGACUUCUUCGCAAUGAUUGGUUGGGCCACAGACCUUAAGACAACAUCAGAAGAUAUGAUAAGAAAAAGGGUGAUACGAACUGGUGAUGGUUCACAUCCUUAUGCAAUUGAAGCAAAGAAAAAGAAUCUUCUUAUUCAAGAUAACAAUAAUGAGGGAGAGAAGAGGGAUUUAGAUCACUUCUGGGGUUGGGAUGAUCCUGAUAUGCUAAGUGAGGACAAAGAUGUUGUUAUAUUAAACCGACAUUAUGAAUAAUUUUUAGUUAAAUGAAGUCAGGUUAAUGGGCUGAAAGUUAUAUUAUGAAUUUUGCUCAAAAUGUUUUUUUUAUUAUUUCAUUUUGAUUUUUCCUUUCGUACUGAAUAAAUAAAAUAAAAACUUGUUUGUAUGAAAAUCCAGCUUUUUAAUUUUAAUACAAUUUAAUUAAUUCGUCACUAACAGCAGAUGGUGUAAGGAUACCCAGAUCAGUAAAGAUAAGCGUAAUUUUCAGUGGAGGCGUAUAAUCGACAAGUGGAUGAAUCUUUUUGAAGUCAUCACGUAUUUCACUGUUUUUAGGAUAUUUGUAGCUGUUUGGAAGAUCACGUUGAUUGAGUGGGUAAAGUCGUGAAAAUUUAAAGCUUUCAGUGAGCACGUAAAAUGGUUUUUUCAUCUCUUUAGCACAGAGAGCCAUUGUAUAAGUGCCAAUUCUAUUAAUUAUUCCACCUGAUUCCAUUACACCUUCAGCACCGACCAUGACAAAGUCUAUACUCUCCAUCACAUAGCCUACGGCUGCAUCGAGAAUAAGUGUACAUUCAAUGUUGGAGUUUUUAAGCUCUUCAACCAUCUUCGCUCCUUCGUUGUCAAGUGAACUCGUCGUUACAAAUACAUGGAAGUGUUUAUUUUGUCGUGCUGCUAAUUUAAGAGUCUCCAAAAUAACUCUUGAUCUUGAAUGAGUCAAAAUUCUACAUCCAUCAGUAAUGAAAGGCAUUGCAUGUUUUGCAAUAACGUGACGUCCUUCUUCUAGUUUCUUUAGAAAAGUUUGGCCUCUAUUUAGCAUGAUUGUCUUAACUUCGUCCAUUGUUUUGUCUUCAAGCUUUGGUGAUGCUAACGUAAUGAAACAAAUGAAAAGUUCACUAGCAGAACAAACUGAUGUGACUGGUUUUCCACUAUUUUUAAGCGAUGAAACUGCUGAUUUAAUUGUAUUUACCAAUUCCUGGAUUGUCGUAAAAUUUGUUCUUUCCAGCACCAACAAUAAAGUUUUGAUAGCGGCAAUUCCAUUUGACAUAUUUUUGUCUUCUUCAAUUAUUUUGAGGAAAUAAUCUUGAAUCUCUAAGUCCUUCAUAUUUAUUACUUUUCGAUCUUAUUUUCUGAAGUUGAAUUUCAAUGUAAAUCUUGUCAGAAAUUAUUAUUUUUGACUAACAUUAGUUUACACAUGUAAUCCGUCAGAUCGGCACAAGUGUUUGU